GGUGGUGGGGUUUGCACCGCGCUGUGGGGUCUGUGGAUGCUGCGGCUUUCCCGCGGCCAACCCCGCGCUCCGAGGCCACGGCUCCGUGCUCGGGGACCCCUGCAGCCCUCUCCCCGGCUGUGGGACCCCGGUUCUCCCGUCCCCGGGCCCCGCAGCGCUCCCACUGCGGGCCCCCGCGGUCUCGUUGUCCGGUGUCAAUGUCUCGGCUCGUGUAUCCCGGCCGCCGGAUCCGGUUUCCCCGCUGCAAUCUCACCCCGGCACUGGGGGAUCGGAUUCGGAGCCUGGAGGGAGGGUAAUGAGCCCUGAGCACCGGGCAGGAGCCGUCAUGUUCCUGUUCAUCCGCAGCACCCAGCGCCGCGUCCCCGGCAGCCCACUGCCCUCCCCCUGCCGAGCCCCCCCGGGGGUGAAACGGGGCCGCCGCAACCCCCGAGGGCACCGGAGUGCUGGGGGGGGGCGGCGGAGCACCGAGGAGCCCCAGCUGCCCCCCACUUCCAGGCAGGACGGGAAGCAGCGCUCCGGCCCCCCCGGUCCCCAGGAUGGUGAGGAGCUGGCAGAGGCUGCGCAAUCACCACCGCUGCAGAGCUACUCAGUGCUGCAUGGGCUUGUGGGGCCGGCGUGCAUCUUCCUCCGACAGAGCAUUGCCAUCACACAGCUGGACCGGGAGCUGCGGCCGGAGGAGAUCGAAGAGCUGAAGCAAGCCUUCAAGGAGUUUGACAAGGACCGUGAUGGCUACAUCAGCUACAAGGACCUGGGCGAGUGCAUGCGCACCAUGGGCUACAUGCCCACCGAGAUGGAGCUCAUUGAGCUGUCCCAGCAGAUCAGCGGCAAAGUGGAUUUUGAUGACUUUGUGGAGCUGAUGGGCCCUAAGAUGCUGGCGGAGACGGCGGACAUGAUCGGGAUCAAGGAGCUGCGCGAUGCCUUCCGCGAGUUCGACACCAAUGGGGACGGGCAGAUUAGCAUGGCGGAGCUGCGGGAGGCCAUGCGGAAGCUGCUGGGGCAGCAGCUCAACUACCGUGAAGUGGAUGAGAUCCUCAAGGAUGUGGAUCUCAACGGGGACGGCCUGGUGGACUUUGAAGAGUUUGUGCGGAUGAUGUCGCGCUGAAGGGCCGGGAGCCGCCGCCGUGCCUUACCGGGAGGAGGAGGGGAGAAGGUCUCCCCGGGCCUGCGCUCCGGGGGGGGGGGAGCCCUGAUCGUGGCCCCCUGGGGUCGUGGGUUCGCAGCUUUGCCGGUUCCUAAUGAAGCUCUGUGCCGUCG